AUGGCCGAAGUCGUUGGCCUUGUUGCCGCAGCAGGCCAAUUCGUUGAAGAGAGCAUCAAGAUCUACCAACUCUGCAAAAAAGUCGACGACAAAUUUAACGACGCACCCCAAGAGCUAAAAGUUUGGCGUAAUGAGAUCCUUAGCCUCAAACAUGUUAUUGACAGGAUUCACGACACACCUGUUCUCCAGGUCGAGGAUUUGAAAUUCACUAUAGCGCAGUGUACAUCUGUCAGCAACUCGCUUUUGGAGAUUUUCAAGAAUAUCGAGUUCAGUGAAACAGAAAAGUUCGGCCACAAGUCUUGGAGGGUUGUUGUGGCGCUCUCGAAGGAAGAAGAAAUCCGGAGCUUAUUUGGGCAGCUUGAACAGCUGAAAUCGACGCUGGAUAUCCAGUUGGGGGUCAUACACCUAAACCAAACAAACAAUGGCCUUGCUCAUGUAACCUCGCUGCUGGAAGGAAUGAAACUAUAUUUCCAGCCUGGCACGGACGAAGAUCGUUGUAUACAGGCCUUAUUCAUCACAGACCCUGUCAGCAACCGAGAAGGCCUAGUUACUACCAAAGGGAUCAGAACACCGGGGACAUUCGAAUGGAUACCAAAGACAGAAGAAUUUCGAGAAUGGAACGCAGCUCACCACGGACUUCUUUGGAUAUCCGGACCUCCUGGGAAAGGGAAGACUAUGAUCUCAAUCUUUCUUUCAAAACUGCUCGAAACAACAAAAAUCGAUGGCACUGUCAUAUGGUUCUUUUGCGAUGACAAGAACCAGUCGCGCAAUAGUGCUGUCAACAUCCUCCGUGGAUUGAUGAGCCAGUUGAUCCAGAAAUCCCCACGUUUAUUGUCAUACCUGCUUCCUACAUGGAAGACGCAGGGCAACACUCUUUUCGGCCCUGAAUCAUUCGAAACACUCUGGAGGAUAUUGAUUAGUAUGAUCGACUCACUGGGAAACACAGAGGUGUACUGUGUGCUUGAUGCUCUUGAUGAAUGUGACGAGACAUCCUUAAAACCCCUUCUCUUCAAAUUGAAAACCGUUUCGGAAUACCAAUCGAGCAACAAAAUAAAUACUCAACUAAAAGUUCUCAUCACAAGUCGCGAGCAGCCACAAUAUUUACCUCAAUAUCUCUCAACAUUUCCUCGGAUCGCCCUCGAUGAUUUGGAGGAUGAUAUUGGCCUCUACAUCUCGGAGAAGGUUGCCCACCUAGCAAGAGCGAAGAGCAUACAGGGAUCCCCUCUCCAAGACCACAUUGAGAGAUCAUUUCGAUCCGGCGCGGAAGGAACUUUUCUCUGGGUGAGUUUCAUGAUCAAGGAUAUGGGGCCCAAGACACUGCAUGAGAUCGAAAGGUCUCUGGAUCAACUUGCUCGCGGUCUCUACGCCAUCUACGAGAGGAUUAUCGCCCAGAUAACACCAGAAGGCCGAGUAAUCGUCACCGAUAUCCUAACUUGGAUAUUGUUCGCUAAUCGUCCCCUGUCGAUUCCUGAGCUUUGUGAUGCAGUCCCUAUCGAGCCUACAAAGACACUGACCCGGGAGCAAGUUUGCUUGAGUUACAUACAGUCAUGCGGACAUCUUCUUCAGCUCAAGCAUUGGGUGUUCAAUCCACAUGGAAAAGAAGAUAUCAUAAAGUGGAUUGUCUAUGCUCCGUCAGCCAUCCAACUUGUGCAUGGCGCCGAGAAUUUCACCGUUGAGGGCCACGAAGGCUUGUUAAGCUCACUCAUUGUCACGUUCGUCCACCAAAGCGCAAAAGACUUUCUCCUUGUCGGAUCUGUGGAUAGCCACGCAGCAUUUCCGGCUUUCGAUAGCUAUAAAGGACAUACACUCAUUCUAAACCGGCUCAUGUCGCUCUUGAACGAACAUCUUUCCAAAGAGGACAGUGACAAGAUAGCUACUUUCGGCAAAAGCCCUCUUGUCUCGUACGCUGUUCAUACUUGGAGUUAUCACAUCCGUGAGCUAGGCGAUAAUAUUGAAACAAUACUGGAUAAUCACGAGUCUUUCUUUGCUAAAAAGUCAAAACUUCGAGAUAACUGGUGGUGGCAUUCCUGGUGGCAAAGUGCCUUUAGUGGAGUUGACAAACGCAAGUUAUGCAAAGAUAUAUCAGUUCUCCAUGUUGCCUGUGAACAAGAUCUUUACUUUUUGGCAAAGGCCUGGCUUCUGCCGAGAAAUGCACUGUUAAGACUGAGACGGAAAAGAGAGAUUAAUUCACGAUGGGCACUUACAGGCGAGACACCGCUUCAUGCAGCGGUUUUGAAGCAAUCGUAUCGCAUCGUGGAACUCUUAUUGAACUGCGGUGCCGAAGUUGAUAUUGAAAACGGUUAUAUGAAAACACCUCUCCAUGUCUCAAUUCAUUUUUCUCCUGAAGCGGACUGGAAGAUAUUCCACUUGCUGUCAACAUCUAAGGCGGGGAUUCAGACGAUCAAGAAUGAAGCAAAGUACGAGAGUACGCGAGCUCUAAGACCAGAGUUACUUAUUCACCUGGCAGCUGCACAAGGCAGUGCGGACAUAUGCAAAGAGCUCGUCGAGAAGUAUAAGUACGACAUCGAAUGGAAGACCUACGAUGGACUUACACCGUUACAAGUAGCUCUGAUGGGUAGACACUUGGGUCUUGCCAAAAUCAUGGUAACACGUUGGAGUGCAGCUUUACCUUCUGAGAUUGGCUCAUUCAGGGCUGUCAUACAUGCUUUACCAGCAAAUGGAGAUUCACUGGUAGAAGGGUUCAAGUUGCUCACCGAAGCCUGGGGGUUCGACAUAAACGCAUCCGACCACCUCGGUAAUACCAUCUUCCACGACCCAAACUACGACUUGAUUCCCGUGCUUCGGGCAAUAGAAAUUUGCGAUCUCAAAAUCGACUGGGAUAAGAAGAACUCUUUGGGCCAGACCUUUCUGCAUUGCAAUUUCAAUUGGCUAACGGAUCCUGUCCUAUUGUCAACUUUCCUCCAACAUUCACAAUCGGGUGUCAACACCUGCGAUCUUCAAGGUCGUUCACCUAUCUCUAUGUACUUUAUCACAAAUCUUGGUCUCAUUAUCUCUGAGAAAAGAGGAGCCGUGGAUGUGCGAACACCUCUGGACUUUGGGGCGGAUCGUUACUUGGCGGAUAAUGAAGGAAGAACGGCGCUUGGGGUCACUUCGAGUUAUCUGGAGUCGAUUCGGGAACAAAACCAUCCCGCCGAAUCUCUAAUUCAUAUUGAGGAGUCGAUUGAACUUUGGACGAAUUAUACAACCGUCGCGAUUGAUGUUUGCCAAGUCGAUUUACGGCUGAACCAGAAGAGCAAUGUUGGCAGCAAGGCAGAGUUUUAA